AUGAAACUAGUGGGGGACGAACUCGUAUUAAUAACCCUACCCGACGGAACUCAAAUCAAAUGGUCUUCCAAGCUACAAGAGCUCGCCGAGUACGCCGCAUCACAUCGAACCAACAUCACGAGUGAUCACGUCGAGCUCCUCUCCAUAAUAUCUCCAGGUGCAUAAAAUUCAUUAAAUAUAUAUUAUUUUUUGGAUUAUUUUUAGAUGAAGUAGCAAGGUUGGCGAGUAGUGAGCCGAAAAAGAGAGUUCCGGCGGGUCGACGGAGUACAAGAAUGGAUGAGAAUGGAGAAUACGGGGAAUCAACCAGAAAGAGAAAGGUUUUUUUUAGAAAAACGCUUUUUUUGGGAUCAAAAAAUUGAAGAAGCUCAACGAUGCCGUGAAGAUGGAAAUCGAUGAAGAUUGCGAUAAUGACAUCGACGAAAUCGAUGAAGCGACCGAAGUAGCGAUGGAGGCUGUGAGAAGAAGACAAAACAAAGCGGUUAGUUGCAUUAAAAUUGGAAUUUUCACAGAAUCUUAGUUAAAAAUUGUUUAUCAAAUAUAGAAAAUAAGCAAAAGAUUGUCUUAAAGUAUAUUAGGGCUAUAGUUCUUUUAUAACGCUUUUGAAAAAUCGUCUUUUCCUUCAGAAGUUUUUUUUUAUGAUUUUCUAAGUUCCAUAUUUUAUCGUUAAAAUUUCAAGUUUUUCGUACUAAUUAAAGUAAUUCGCAUUCUUCUUAUGUGAAAAAGUUUAAGAAAGUUAAGAAUUUUAUUAACUUCAAGCUUUGUUCAAAAGUCUUUUAUGCGUUUGAAGACCCAGAAGUUAUUUUGCAUAGCCUUCAAUAUCAUUGUAAUAGACUCUCCGUCUUCAAAUUUUCUGUUCUUUCCAACCCUCUACCAAAGAUUUUUGAGUAGAAACUUUCUUUAUAACAAAAAUAUUUUCUAAAAAUCAUUUCCGAUGUUUUUUUUAUCAAAUAUGAUCAUGCAGCUCGUGUGCAAGUUCUGCAAAUCGUCGGCAAUGCGAGUCGUCGACCCGAAAAAUCCCGAACUCAACCUCCGAGUCCUCGAAUGCAUGAACAUGGACUGUCUGGCGACGCAUUCGCUGACGAUUUUGGCCGGCGGGAGCGUUUUCGGCGUCAAUGAGGUGAACGAGGUGCUCAGGACGCGGCAAAGGGAGACCAUCCCUCCGUUGACCAAGGACCGCAACGGCUUCACCGUCAUGACCAUUAAAUCCCAGAACAAACCGGUCCGAUUGAUUUGA